GUUUGAAAAUCGUAAACAGGUAACAAUAGGCAAGGAAAUGCGCACACUUGAAAACAGUGUUUCACAAAUGUACAAGGCGAUCAUGGACGUCGCUGAACGUUGGCGGCAAAGCUCUCAGCAUUCUGGUUGUCUUAAUAACUUUAAGGCCUACUUAGCAAAGUGUGUCGACGACUCAUCUGAGAGUGCUGGUUCUCGAAACUUGCUAAUGGUUGCAUUGGAAAGAUUUCCACAAAUGACCAACUUUCCUAUUUCAAAAGUUAAAACUUUUUGUGAAAAGUUUAAGGUUAGUAUGAGUAAGCUGCUAGCCGACGUACGAUCUAAUUAUUUGCAAGAAACAUUAGAAUCUAGCAUGAUCGACGAGCGUGAAAGAAUUUGGAAAGAAAUAAAAGGAUGUCAAGCCAAGUGUCCACUGUGUGGUUCAAAAUGCUCACUUUGGAACGAGCACACUGAUCAUGAAUGUGCUCAUCACGUUUUCCCAGCUUUUCACGGAACGCGGGUACACGAUUUGAAUCACCCAAUGUUCGACAGGUGUCUUAGCACAGACGCUGCAGAGCGUUCGUGGAGUAGAGGCGACGAUCCCUUUUUGCCAAACCUUGCAGAGUAUCUUGAUCAUUACGAUGAUUGUCGACCAUGGAAGAAGUCACUUGUUCCUGACCCAACAUUGCCACCUCUACCAGUACAACAGAUUGGAGCUUGGGUUAAUUGUAGAAAACCUCUUUUGAAAUAUUGGAAUUUGGUGGACAAUACUCCAGACGAAUGGUUGAUCUACCAAAGCAAGAAACCGUUAGAAGAAGACGAAUGUGAUAAGGCGAAAGCGAGACUGGAAAAGUACCGAGACAUUUAGGUGGCAAAGUAUUAGAAACAUAUUAAUUGCAGUAGGACAUGAUUGCGUAUCUGCAUGCAGGUAUAGCAUGCAGUACUCUAGGUAGCUAUCGAUAUAGAUGUUUGCAUUUUAGCGACAGUUUUAGUGAUGCUUUCUUGUCUUUUAUCUAGUCAGUAGUUCUGUUGCUGUUAUUAUAUAGAUAU